GGCGACCGGAGGCCAGAUGUGGAUGAGUGCCAGGUGCACAACGGUGGCUGCCAGCACAGGUGUGUGAACACGCCCGGCUCCUACCUCUGUGAGUGCAAGCUCGGCUUCCGGCUCCACGCGGACGGCAGGACGUGCCUGGCCAUCAACUCCUGUGCCGUGGGCAAUGGCGGCUGCCAGCACAGCUGUAUCCAGCUCACGGUGACCCAGCACCGCUGCCAGUGCCGGCCCGAGUUCCAGCUCCAGGAGGAUGGCAAGCAUUGCGUCCGGAGAAACCCGUGCACAGACCGGAACGGCGGCUGUAUGCACACGUGCCGGGCGCUCCGGGGCCUCGCCCACUGCGAGUGCCACGCGGGCUACCAGCUGGCGGCGGACCGCAAGGCCUGCGAAGACGUGGAUGAGUGUGCCACAGGCCUGGCCCGGUGUGCCCACGGCUGCCUCAACACUCGUGGGUCCUUUAAGUGUGUGUGCAACGCAGGCUAUGAGCUGGGUGCCGAUGGCCGGCAGUGCUACCGGAUUGAAAUGGAGAUUGUGAGCAGCUGUGAGGCUGACAAUGGCGGCUGCUCCCAUGGCUGCAGCCACAGCAGCUCGGGGCCCGUCUGCACUUGCCCCCGUGGCUACGAGCUGGACAAGGACCAGAAGACAUGCAUUGACGUCGACGACUGUGCCGACUCCCCGUGCUGCCAGCAGAUUUGCACCAACAGCCCGGGCGGGUACGAGUGCAGCUGCUCCGCCGGCUACCGGCUCAGCACCGAUGGCUGCGGCUGUGAGGAUGUGGACGAGUGUGCCUCCGGCCGGGGUGGCUGUGAGCAUCACUGCACCAACCUGGCUGGCUCCUUCCAGUGCUCCUGCGAGGCCGGCUACUGGCUGGAUGAGGAUCGCAGGGGCUGCACCCCCCUGGAGGUGCCCGAGGUGGGCCUGGACGGCCACCUGCCCCUGUUGCGGCCCCUCCCGCCCAUCACGGUGCUCCAGGACCAGCUGCCCCACCUCUUCCAAGACGACUACUUCGGGGCCGAGGAGGAAGAGGAGGAGGAGGAGGAGGCAGAGGCCCGGGGCGAGCACACACUGGAGGAGAAGUUUGUCUGCCUGGACGAUUCCUUUGGCCCCGACUGCAGCUUGACCUGUGAAGACUGCAGGAAUGGAGGGACCUGCCUCCCAGGGCUGGACGGCUGUGACUGCCCCGACGGCUGGACCGGGCUCGUCUGCAACGAGACUUGUCCUCACACCUUCGGGAAGAACUGCAGCCUCUCCUGCAGCUGUCAGAACGGCGGGACCUGCGACCCUGUGACGGGGGCCUGCCGCUGCCCUCCGGGUGUCAGCGGGGCCCACUGCGAGGAUGGCUGCCCCAAGGGCUUCUAUGGCAAACACUGCCGCAAGAAGUGCCACUGUGCCAACCGGGGCCGGUGCCACCGCCUCUACGGGGCCUGCCUCUGCGACCCAGGGCUCUAUGGCCGCUUCUGCCACCUGGCCUGCCCCCCAUGGGCCUUCGGGCCGGGCUGCUCAGAAGAGUGCCGGUGUGAGCAGAGGAACACACGUGCGUGCGACAGGAGGGACGGCCGCUGUGCCUGCAAGGCGGGCUUCAGGGGCGAGCGGUGCCAGGACGAGUGCGAGCCGGGCUUCUUUGGACUGGGGUGCCAGCAGGCGUGUACCUGCCCCCUGGGCGUGACCUGUGACCCCGUGAGUGGCAAGUGUGGGGAGCAGUGUCCUGCCGGCUACCAGGGCGAGGACUGUGGCCGAGAGUGUCCGGAGGGGACGUUUGGCCUGAACUGCUCAGGCUCCUGCUCCUGUGGGGGAGCCUCCUGUGACAGAGUCACAGGGCAGUGCCUGUGCCCGCCUGGGAGGACGGGUGGCGACUGUGGGGCAGAUUGUCCUGAGGGCCGCUGGGGGCUCGGGUGCCAGGAGAUCUGCCCGGCCUGCGAGCACGGUGCUGCCUGUGAGCCUGAGACCGGAGCCUGCCUGUGCCGUCCCGGCUACACGGGCAGCCGCUGCCAGGACCCGUGCCCGGCAGGCUGGUUUGGGCCCAGCUGCCAGACCAGGUGCUCCUGUGCCAAUGAUGGGCACUGCCACCCGGAGACGGGACGUUGCAGCUGUGCCCCUGGGUGGACCGGCCUCAGCUGCCAGAGAGCCUGUGACAGCGGGCACUGGGGACCUGACUGCAGCCAUACCUGCACCUGCAUCCCAGGCCACGGGAGCUGCGACGCCGUCAAUGGCCUGUGCCUGUGUGAGCCUGGCUACGUGGGCCCGCAGUGCGAGGAGCGGUGUCCCCAGGGCCACUUUGGGCCGGGUUGUGAGCGGCAGUGCCAGUGUGAGCACGGAGCAGCCUGCGACCAUGUCAGUGGGGCCUGCACCUGCCCAGCUGGCUGGAGGGGAACCUUCUGCGAGCGCGCCUGCCCGGCCGGCUUCUCUGGAGUGGACUGCCGCCAUGCCUGUGACUGCAGCCCCGGGGUCCCCUGCGAUGCCGUGAGCGGCUCCUGCCUCUGCCCUGCUGGCCGUCGGGGCCCCCGCUGCGCCCAGACCUGCCCGGCCCACACGUAUGGGCACAACUGCAGCCAGGCCUGCUCCUGCUUUAAUGGGGCCUCCUGUGACCCUGUCCACGGGCAGUGCCGCUGUGGCCCUGGCUGGACUGGGCCUGCCUGCCUGCAGGCCUGCCCCGCUGGCUUCUAUGGCGAGAACUGUCAGCAUUCCUGCCUCUGCCAGCACGGGGGCACCUGCGACCCUGUCUCAGGUCACUGUACCUGCCCGGAGGGCUGGGCCGGCCAGGCCUGUGAGAUGGAGUGCCUCCCAGGGUCCUUUGGAGCCGGCUGCCAGCGCCGCUGCACGUGCCUCAAUGGCGGCCUCUGUGACCGGCACACAGGCCGCUGCCUCUGCCCGGCCGGCUGGGCCGGGGACCAGUGCCAGAACCCCUGUGCCGAGGGCACGUUCGGGGUCGGCUGUGAAGAGCGCUGUGCCUGCCUGCAGGGAGCCACCUGCCACCGCGUCACGGGGGCCUGCCUCUGCUCCCCGGGAUGGAGGGGCUUGCGGUGUGAGAACGCCUGCCCACGGGGCUGGUUUGGAGAGUCCUGUGCCCAACGCUGUCAGUGCCCGCCUGGCGCCGCCUGCCACCACGUCACUGGGGAGUGUCACUGCCCCCCCGGCUUCACAGGGCCCGGCUGUGAGCAAGCCUGCCCGCCCGACACCUUUGGGGAGAACUGUGGGCAGACGUGCCAGUGUCCCGGCGAGAACCAGGCCUGCCACCCUGCCUCGGGGGCCUGCGCGUGUGCUGCUGGCUACCAGGGCACUGGCUGCCGGCAACGGUGCCUGCCAGGGCGGUUCGGACCUGGCUGUGAACAGCUGUGUGGGUGUCUCAACGGGGGCUCCUGUGACCCGGCCACAGGGGCCUGCCGCUGCCCUGCUGGGUUCCUCGGGACAGACUGCGGCCUCGCCUGUCCACAUGGCCGCUUUGGCCCCAGCUGUGCCCAUGUGUGCAGGUGUGGGCAAGGGGUGGCCUGUGACCCCGUGACCGGCGCCUGCACCUGCCCCCCGGGAAGGACCGGCGUCCACUGUGAGCACGGCUGUCCCCAGAACCGGUUUGGUGUGAACUGUGAGCACGUGUGCUCCUGCAGAAACGGGGGCCUGUGUCACGCCGCCAACGGCAGCUGCUCCUGUGGCCUGGGCUGGAUGGGGCCGCACUGUGAGCUGGGUGAGUGUCUGGGCGGGUCUGGAGGCCGCAUCGCCAUCCUGCCCCGCAGGGCGCUACGGCCCUGCCUGCCGCCUGGAGUGCUCCUGCCACAGCCAGGGCACCUGCGAGCCCACCACGGGGGCCUGCCGCUGCGGCCCCGGCUUCUACGGCCAGGCCUGCGAGCACUCACGGAGCCUCCUGCCACCCUGUCAGCGGCCAGUGUCUUUGCCCCGCUGGCUUCCGUGGCCAGUUCUGCGAGAGGGGGUGUGAGCCUGGCUCGUUUGGAGAAGACUGCAGCCAGCAGUGUGACUGCGAGGACGGGGUGCCCUGUGACCCCGUCACGGGCCACUGCCUAUGCCCCCCGGGGCGCACCGGGGCCACCUGUGACCUUGGCUGCAGAAGGGGCUUCUUCGGGCCAGGCUGUGCCCUGCGCUGCUCCUGUGGGGGUGGGGCCGACUGUGACCCUGUCAGCGGGCAGUGCCACUGCGUGGACGGCUACACGGGGCACACGUGCCAGCAGGGUGGGCCCUCCCAGCUCCCGGAGAGCCUGUCCCCAGACCUGGGCCCAGCGGCCUCUCAGCCAGCGUCUCCCAGACCAGCGCCCAGGCUCGGCAGCAGCGCAGAGGCGCACUAGCUCAGAGGCAGCCCCCGCUGAGGCUCGCCUCCCAGGAGCCGCAGAGGGGGCCCCGGGGCUUAGGUGGCGCCUGCCGAGGGGUGCGGUGGGCCAGGACUGUGGCCCCGACCUGUCUCUGAAGCCUGUGGACAGGCGUGCCGCCUCGGGCUCCUCAAGGGUGGUCUUGCCACGAGGAGGCAGGCCCCACCUCGCCGGGAUCUGCCCGCCCAGGGCGCGGACCGCGGGGCUGAGGAAGCCCCGCCCCUCCCGCUGCCCGGGGCAGGGCCAAGGGCAGGUGUUCGGGCAGGUGCGGGCAUGAGGCCCCUGCCCCCCCAGCAGGUUCUUCGGGUGCUAGGCCCCGGGGCAGCUACCGCCCAGCCCGCUCACCAGGAAGCACAGCCGGGCCGUGUUCGUGUGACUUAUGGGCAGCCCGACCGCAGGGCUGCCCGUCUCCUGCCCCAGGACGCCCUGACUCGGGGCAGCGGGCUUCGGUACCAUGUGAAACCAGUAGGUUAAGAAAGGAGCAGCUGCUUCCCCAAGGCUGUGCGUCUGCUGCUUUGUGCGGGCUCUGCGCGGGGGCCUCCCUGGCACGCCGGCACGAGGCGCUGGGACAGGAGCCUCUGCCGACCGCUUGCCCUGCCCCUCCCUGGGGACCGCGGUGCCGCACAAACGAAGUUGGGGUUUAUCCUGGUUCCAGUGCUCUAGAGGGGCGUGGCGCCCCGAGACCCAGGAGUGCUGGCUCCCAGGGCCUGCGUGUGGGAAGCACGGCCCCAAGGGCAGGGGUGCUGCUGGGGGCAGCCUGGAGACCCCCAGCCCCCACUCCUGCCCUGUCUUCAGGGCAGAGCUGAGGAGAGGGUUGGACGCCGAUUGUCUCACCGGCCAUUUAGGGUCCGGGCUGUAGCCCCCCCUCCCCUCCUCUCCAACAGUGCCCAGGCAGCUUAAAUCCCCCAGGGGCAAAGGACCUCGUGGGGCAAAACAGGGCGCAUUCAAGUAGGCCCCGCCCCCUGACGCAGACAACUCGUGAACACCCGGUAGCAGAGGGCGUCGAAUCGCUGGGCCACCAUGUGAAGACUUUGAAGUAUGUAGCUGUGAUCAGUGUCCUGGAAGGAGGAAGGGAUGCGGGUGGUAACCUGGUGCAGGAAGAGGCGGUUCAAGAGGGACCAUCGUGAGGAAUGAGGGUGGAGGGCGUGGGAGCUGGAGUUGGCGGAGGCGGCAGGAAUCCGGCCGAAUAAGGGGUUUCCCAGCUCAGGACACUCCCGGGAGGCGGCAGGGAGGCUGAGAGAGAGGAAACACGAAGGGAAGGGGCAGUAGGAAUGGACGAGGCAAGUGUGACACCCAUGUGUCUGAAGUCCCAGAAAAAGAAGGUGAAAACCAUUGACGUGAAGCAAUGAGUUCUCAGGUCCAAAGUUGGAAGAUCUCAGAUCGAAAAGCACUCCAAGUGCAAAGAAAAUUAAGCAAAAUUUAAAAAGCCACAGCCAGAAGAAUUUAAAGAAUAUCAGUGCCAAAGAGGAGUUUUAAAAUAACUAGAGAGAGAGAGAGCAGGAAUCAGCACGACGUCAGGGUCUGCAACAGGAGCACUGAGAGCGGCCGGACGGCGACGCUCUGUUUGCCAGGUGUUGAGGAAACAGUGUGGAAACUUGAAUUUCAUGACCUUGAAUUGUGUGUCCCGCUAAACUGUCACUGGGAAGCGAAGUCGGCGUCCUUCUCAGCUGUCCGAGGCCCCAGGCGGCCCCAGACGAGAACCAGGCUUGAAAACACGCUCAGAGGAAGUUUCCCGGCAAGAAGAGAAAGCAUGAGAUGGUCCCUGUGUUUCCCACACGGCCUCGGAAUGAAGAGAAUCAAAAUAGCCACGCUCACCAACAGCAGGAGCGGCCAGCAGGCCUGCCUGCCCCGCAGCUGAGCCUGGUGCAGACAGAGGGCGAUAAGAUGGCGUGACCUCCGCAGAAGCACCGGUAGGAUGUCUGACUUUUAAACGGAGGAAAUUUCAUCUCUCCGACGUUCAGCAGGGAAGGAG